UUAUUUUCUGACGCUGCUCAGAGCAAGUUGUAUUUUGUACACUCUCUCUUCCUCUUCUUUAAUUAGUAUCUUCUUCUUGAGUGCAGAAUGUCUACAACCGUUGUUGACCUACGCUCGGACACUGUGAGUCAGCCCACAGCAGAGAUGAGGACUCGCAUGGCCCAGGCUGUGGUGGGUGACGAUGUCUACGGCGAGGAUCCGACCAUCAAGGAACUGGAGACGCGGACGGCGGCCAUUUUCGGCAAGGAGGCGGGGCUAUUUGUGCCCAGCGGCACCAUGGGAAAUCUACUGGCGGUUAUGGUUCAUUGCCAUCGACGCGGUGCGGAGGCCAUUGUGGGGGAUUUAUCGCACAUCUUUCUGUACGAACAAGGUGGCGCCUCCCACUUGGCUGGCGUCCAAUUAGCCACGAUUAGAAAUCAGCCGGACGGCACUUUUAGUCUAAAGGAGCUGCGCCACAAGAUACGGAACUACAGGGACUGCCACGAGCCGGUCACCGCCAUGGUUGCCGUGGAGAACACCCACAACAUCUGCGGCGGCAAGGUGAUUCCCCUCGCCUUCCUGGACGAGCUGGCGACUCUGGUGCGCGAACCAGGGGUGGGCAUCUCCCGCAUCGCCCUGCACAUGGAUGGCGCCAGGAUCUUCAAUGCGGCCGCUGCUCUGGGCGUCAGUGUCGAGCGCAUCACUCGGGACUUCGACUCCGUGUCCGUCUGUCUCAGUAAGGGCUUGUCAGCGCCCGUGGGUUCGGUUCUGGUCGGUUCAAAGGUCUUUAUUGCUGAAGCUCAUCGUCUGCGCAAGGCACUCGGAGGGGGCAUGAGGCAAGCGGGAAUUCUGGCUGCCGCUGGUCUGGUGGCCCUGGAGCAGGUGGUGCCGCUGCUGGGGAAGGACCAUGAGCACACUAAGCGCAUUGCAGAAGCCGUUGAUAAGCUACGCAGUCCGAAUAUUGUCGUGGACCUGUCCACAGUGCAUAGCAACAUUCUGUUGCUGGAGAUCAAGCAAGCCAAACUGACUGCCGAUAAGUUUGCCGAGCGUCUGGCCAUCGUCGAGCCGGAGGAGAUCGCAGCGGGGGUAACCGACGCGAAGGGAGCGGGAAUUGUGCUCAAAGCCAGCGCCAGGGAUUGGGAAUUCAUGCGUCUGGUUCUCUAUCACCAGGUGACUGACGAACUCGUGGAACUGGCCAUCAAGAAGCUUACCUAUGUCAUCAAGCAGUACGAUGCUCGCUGGUCCUAAGAAACCUCCAACAAACCUGAGAAUUAAAUAUAAUAACAAAUCGA